AUGCAUUAUCCAGCCCACACGGCUCUGGGCUGUGCCGUGGAGCUCCCCGACAGCAGCUGCAGGCGUUUUUUGGACCAGCUCAUUGGCUUCUUUCAUUUCUACACUGGCCCCGUGGCCCUGGCUUACAAGAAGCGAUCGAGGGAGGAGCUGGCCACGCAGUGGGACGCCUUCAUUGAGCGAGUCCUGAGCAACACCACGGAGCUGCAUAAGAUAUUUGACUCUCUCUGGAACCUCGACCAGACCAAGGUAGAGCCCCUGCUGUUACUGAAGGCCACGCUCAUCCUGCAGAACUGCCAGCGCGUACCUCACAUCCUGGCCGGCUGUGUCCUCUACCGGGGGCUGACUGUGAGCACCCAGCUCCCACCCUCCCUCACCGCCAAGGUCCUGCUUCGCCAGUCCACACCUGGGAACCAGAACCCGCCUGCAGCUGGAGCCGCCCCGCAGGAGGCGGGAGUAGCAUUGCCCCCCGGCGUCCAGAUCACCCCGGUUUUCCUGACCGAAAAGGAGGCUGCCAGCCUCCGUGAGUUUGCAGUGCAGCGGACAGCCAGCUCUCCUUCGCCAGCCAGACUCCAGGAGGGCUUAGAGCCCCAUCCUCCCCGAAGCACCUCUGCCUCCGGAGAAGUCGCCAUCAGGCUUGUGGCGUCCACGGCCACCUCCGGGCCCGCAUCCCCCGAUGGAGUGUGGCCAGAUGGCAGGGAGGAGGAGGGCCGCUUGCCUGGCCCUGGGCUGCACAGCACAGCCUGGAAACGGGACCCUGGCCGUGGCUCCCUACAGGGGGAGCGGGGCUUGUCUGCAGUGUGUGGUGUGGAAGCUCCGGGCCGCGGUGCCCUCCCACCUGAGGGCAGCCCAGGCAGAGGUCCGUGCAGCGAGAACCGCGUGCACACCUGCGGCGGCCCCGCACUCGAGCCCCCCGAGGACACUGCCGGCACCUGCCAGCUGUGUCCACUCUCCCAGCAUGGAGCCCGGGGACAGUCUCCAGGCCCUCCUGGAGCCCACGGCCAAGACCCUCCCCCCAGGGGAGGGCAGACAGAAAAUGAACUUUCCGGGGGCCAUGCAGCCCCUGGUCCCCCAUGCAGCUCAGCCUCUGCAGACACAGGCGACGCUAGCCUGACCCCAGCAGGGUCCCACGUGAGGCUUGUGCCCAUGGCUCUGUACACUCACAGCGUCAAGGGGCUGGCGCUGUCCCUGCUGGCCGAGGAGCCGCUGCUCGGGGACGACGUGGCCAUCGAGGAGGUGUACCAUGGCAGCCUGGCGUCCCUGAACGGGCUGGAAGUCCACCUGCAGGAGACACUGCCCAGAGAGGACGCGGGCCCCACCAGCCGCACGCACAGCUUUGUGCACUACGACCGCGUGCAGGGCGUGAUGAUGGCGAACCUGCUGCUGGGGCCCACCCCCGUGGACCGCCGCUUCCUGCAGGCCGUCAGCCUGAUGCACUCUGACUUCGCCCGGCUGCCCACACUGUACGAGAUGACCGCCAGGAGUGCCGCCACGGCCGUGUACGCCUGCUGCAGCCCUGCCCAGGAGACAUACUUCCAGCAGCUGGCCCCGCCGGCCCGCGGCUCCGGCUUCCCCAGCCCCCAGGACGGCGCCUUUGGCCUCGCUGGCCAGGCCAGGCAGAAGCUGCUGAAGCACGGAGUGAACCUGCUCUGACGGGGCCUGACGCCCACCCUGCCCCGGCCCGGCCCGCCGGAAGGCCCGGCCCAGAGGGCGCCACCGCUGUGCACCGCAGAGCUCCCUGCCUGGGU